AUGUACCAGACAGUUCGUGGUGGCACAAUGGUCGAGCUGGCUCCUGAGACGAAGCUAAAGGCUGACAAGACAGACUGGGAGUUUUACGAGUCAAUGCAGGCAACGGAGGGCAAGAAAGAGAUGCGUAUCACCUCGUCCAUUGCACCAGAGCUAUUGCUUUCUGCCGUCCCCAACUAUUGGACCAAGGUUGAGGAUGUUCCAGAUGACCAUGUCAAGGAUGCCUUUCUCAGGGUGCUUGUUGGCAUGACCGGUCUCUCCGAGGCCGACAUACGCGGAGGAAUGCCCGCACCUAAAUGCAAAAAGUCGAAGGCUUAA